CUGAUAACGAUUGAAAACCAAAAGUAAAGGGACCUCCAAAAGUUUGGGUAUAUGACGUAUGAGGGGCGAGUGUUAACGACUCUAACAGAGAAUGUGGCAACCAGAUGUAGAGCCUCAUACCAACACAGUGUUUGCUUCGAAAACAACUGAUCAUUCACACUGCACGUGCUAGCAUCCCGUAAGCUCAUUGCCGCAAUUGUCAAGCAGAUUUAAAAUUACGUCACUGCUUUAUCCUUGUUGUUUCUUUUGUCAACUACGGGGCAAACAUUUGAAAUACUGUAACUCCGCCCCUACGAUAAUAGUCAACCAAUCAGAAAUUACCUUAUCUUAUCUCGAGGUUAUUUUUCGAAGAAACAGCUGGUGCCAAGGUGCUAACGGAGCUGUCAAUCUUCACACGGCAGCCGAAGGAAACGUAUAUCUAGGCAGCAUUCUCCUAUCAGCGCUUAAUCCGAGCAAUUAUGGAGCCGAGACUCUACUCAUCAGCAACGACAACGCCAACUGCCGCUUAUAAUCAUCAUACUCCUUACCACCACGCCAUACCUUCACUUUAUUCUUCGGCCUAUGACGCGUCUUGGACAUCGUUGACAUCACCUUAUGGGUUUUACACAUCAAGAUAUAGGAAUUUUGUUUCAUCAUCUUUUGAUUCUAGAAUUAUCUGUCAAUCCGCUAAUUCCUGCCACGAAGAUGAAACAAGUGAGAAGGCCGCCAUUGUUGGCCAGCAAGCCUCUACUCCAUCCGACACGUUUCCGCUCGACCUCAAUAGUAAACCUCGAAAGGAGCGCACGGCUUUCAGCAAACAACAAAUACAACAACUUGAAAAAGAAUUCUCAUCCCAUAACUAUCUUACUCGUCUGAGGAGAUAUGAGAUAGCAAUGGCUUUGGACCUAACGGAGAGGCAGGUAAAAGUCUGGUUUCAGAAUAGAAGAAUGAAAUGGAAGAGGACAAAAGGUGCGCAAAUGGCUAAAGACAAAGUUACUGGGCAACUGAAACCUGUAAUAACCGGCUUACCACCUAAAUUAGAUUGUGACGAUGAGAUAGAAGAAGAGGCCAGACUCACCUAGAUGUAUUAUUUUAAACAUGCAUGAAUUCUUUUUCAGCUCUAAGCAUUUACUUGUAUACAAUUUAUUCAUAUACUUUUAAACUAGUAUAUAAGAAAUUGGCAAGGGUAUAUACUAUAUACAUUAUGCAGUUGUAUAGUAUAUUUAUUAAUAUUGUAUAAUGUAAGUAUACAAAUGCGUCAAAGAAACUUUGCAUAAAUUUCUAUUUAAUUGGAUUUUUAACUAGAGUGAUCAUUUGACCUGGGAUCUCAAGCCAGGAUUUUGUUUGCUUUUCAUUGUGUGCCAGUACUUUUUUUAUAUGUCAUUUUGUGUCUAGUUAGACCAAAUAAAUGCUGAAAUAUAUAAAAGA